CUGCCUCCGCACUCCGUCGUGGGGUUGAUCUCCCGAGGCUGUCAUUUCUCUUCCGGGACAUUCGCGUGGCACUGCUUUCCGCCCACAAAGAUGGGGGUGCUGAAGGAGGCACGCAAGUUCGCCCUCCGGACUGAGGAUAGGCUCUUCGGGAGCUUUGAGCUCUCUGGAUCCUCUUGGAACUUGCUCCCUCGACUUCCUGGGCGGCACAGGUUGGAUCUGUUGGCCGUGCCCCAAGACGCACGCCACUCUUUGGAUAAACUUCCCUGUGCCCCUUUGGUUAAGAGCCCAUAGGAUGCCGGGUCAUUGCUGGGAGUACCUAAGACUUAAGAACUUCCAGCCUUACUCCUGCUAAAACUUAAGUGUUCCUGAAUACUUUAUGAUAGCUGACUUUGCCAGAUAGAGUGGUUGAUCAUCUUAUAUGAGCUGUUCAGCUCUGCUUCUGUGAGAGCAGAUCAGUCUUUAGAUUCAUUUGGGGAGAAUGGAAGAAGAGUGCGUUUGGGGGCAUAGCAGUGGCUUUCAUCCUUUCUCCUUCGUGUCGCCUGUGGAGUGGUCCUGUCCUAGAGCAGAGGUUGGGAUUCUCAGGGUGAAGCUGAGCCCAGGUCAAUUCCCGCUUCCCAGGCAGGGGCAUCUUUGCCUGAUGAUGUUACAAUCUGAGCACAAGUGUGGAACCCACCCAGCUCUGGAAACCAGUCACAUGUGUCCUGGAGGCUAGAAUUUCUCUCCAGUUUUUGGUGGGUAAGAUAGCUUUGUGAAACCAUUUCUAAGAGCAAAGGAGGUGUUUUCCUUUUUCACAGAUCAUCUCGAGGUGAGUUCUUCCUCCCUGGGAAGUCAUUUGGUGUCAGGCUUAGUCGGUUUGGGGAUGAUGUCUAUCACCAGUCUUGACAUCUUUCCUUUGGAUGUUGUAAGUCCCUGAAGUUCUGAACGUGAAUUUUAACCAGAUGUACCAGAACUUGGGCAUUCAAAUAGGGACAGCUCUAUUAAAAAUUGUUGUCCUUGAAAGUUAGACUUGUAUUUCAUUGGUGCUCUUUUGCCAGAAUCUCUUUAGAAGUCCUGUUUUGGUAGUAAAUAUGCAAGCCAUAGGGGAAAAAUCAGUCUUGUUCAACAGUCACACCACAUGUUUGACCCAAAAUCAUCUUACCUGGCUUGGGAACUCACCUCACUUAACCAGACCAGGCUUUUGAACAGCUUCAUGCUGACCCACCUUGAGAGAGGGAGGAUUUGCUGCCACUGAGAGUGCCCGGGGAUUGUUCUGCAUGUUCUAAAGUUCUCUCAGAAAGAAAAGUUCCCAAAUGUUCUGUACUUUAGCGGUGCCCUUGGAGUCAAGGUGCAACCUUCCAGAAUGACCACUGGAAAACGAGGCAGCACCACUCUGUGUCUAAGUUCCAGAAUAGUCUUCUAAAAAGUAGACACUUAUUUCAAGUUUCUUUCUGGCAUGCAACAGGUAUUUACAACCAAGGAGUCUUUGUGAUUUAUUCGACAAGCAUCUAUCAGUCUCCGUCUGCCAGUGUACUACGCUGUGGAGACACAAUGAUGGACACUGUUAUUCUCUUUUCCAGGCAGUUUCACUAUCUUGUGGAUCAAAGGCCUAAAGAGUUACAAACUUUGCCAAGAAUGCCCGAUGAUAGGGUGAUUGUGUGAGAAGAACACACUAAGUAAGAGUUGUGAGCCUGGGAGUUGUGAAGACGUGCCCGGAGGACCCUGUGUUUCACUGUGUGCACUCAGUAGACCGCAUGUUUUCCUGGCUCCUGACAUACAGCACUUACUCAGAUAUUUGCCAAAUUGAGUUAAUCUCGGAAUAGGACACUGAUGCCCAGAGAGCCAGUUAACUCUCCCACAGUGGGCUUGGAACACAAACCGCAUUCUGACCCCCAGCAGUACUCCCCUCCUGCCCAACAAGUUGUCACUCAGGGUGCUUCUGAUAAGCAAGUCAGUUCUUUGGUAUGUUUUCCUCUGCAAGCUGUUCACCUGGAUGUAGCCUCAGAUUGUAAAAUCCCAGGAGAUUCCACAGGGAGAGAAAAAGUGGGUCUCCUUUCCCCAGGAGAAUGUCAGUGCCCCCUGUGGGUGACUGUGUGUCCUGGUGUGCCUAGGAAGGCUGUGACUCUUGCAUGUGGUAGUUGUCAGCAGUGCCCCCAGGUUCAGACAGUAAGUUGUGUGGUAGCCAUUUGCUGAGCUCAGAGGACCUGGGAGAGUCUGAGUCCUUCCACUCAUGCCCUUCAUGGGGAGGAUGUCUCCCAACAGACUUUGCAAAUGGAUAAUGGUAGUAUAGCAUGGUGAGUGUGGGUACAUGGUAGAAUACUGCACAAAAAUACUCUGGGCAGUAGCUCUCAGUCUAGGGACUGUGGGUGGACCUCAGGAGGUUUUGAACUCCCAGAAAUGGGAGCUAAAUUGCUUAUGUUCAGGUUUUUCUAGGGAGAGGAGUCAUUCCCUUACUCAGAUUCUUAAAGCAAUCCAUGUCUGCACCCCCCCCAGCCCCCCGCCAAUGGAAGGCUGACAGCACUUGUGCACCUGGAUAGAAGCAGGUGCACGAAGGGCCUUUUGCUAGAAAUGGCCCUUUAGAGGAGGGAAGAUAGCGCUGUGCUUGGGGAGGGGGGGUGAAGUGAUUUCCAUAAUACAAACUGGGGGCACAUUCAAGGAUCUGCGAGGACUUCUUUCCACACACCAUCCAGCAGCCUUGAGAUUUUAGUUUGAGGCAGCGUUUCCUGUGGUGUUGGUAUAGAAGUGUGCACCUUUGGGGGGUUUCUUUUGUUAGAUUUACUUUUAGUUUUAAGUGCCUUGAGUUUCAAACUUGGGACACACUUAAAAUAAGUGGUGUCACAGAUUCAAUUUCCAUAUGAUCAUCACUAUUCUUUACCUAAUAGUCUGUGUGGACCAUAUAGUAACUUUUCCAUCUCUGUAAAAACCUGCUUUUGGGUUCUAGAAGGGCUCGGGCAGGAAGCUAGAUGGAUCAGCACAAAACUUGAGAAGGGAGAAGAGAACAACAGACAGAUCUCCUGGGUCAGUGUAAGUCCCCGGUUGAUGUGAGGGCUGUAUUCCAGAACAGAAUUUGUAGAGUCAUUUGGCGCUCAGGUCCCAUUUUCUUGUAGAACAAUGGUGAUGUGUGGCAGGUAGUCCCAGGGCAGGUAGCAGGAACUGAUGUUCUGCAUCAGGCCGGCUCCGGGACUGGGCAGCAGAGUAGACUCCAGCUUGGACUGCACUCAGUGGCUAGGUGGCCUUGGUUUCCUUCCCUGUGAGGGGUAACAUCAUUUGUCUAAAAGGUCGAUGUGAGAGACUAGAUCCAGUGCCUGGCAGAGUAGUAGUCUCACCGCAGGUACGGUGGCUGUUGAUUUCUCUGCAUAGUUGUUGUAAAGACGUGAUCGUGCUGAGUCCGUUCUCUGGUGUGUGUUGGGUGACUGGCCCCUGGGCAGUCUCGUGGGUAGUGGGACACGGGUGUUGGAAGCCAUCAGCCUCAGUCUAGGGACUCAUCUUGCUGCUGCAGUGACUUCUAGAGUGGCUGCUGUUUUCCCAUAUUUCAGAUAAAGAAACUGGAGUCUGGCAAGUUUACGUAAUUUGUCCAGGACCCUAAGGCCAGGAGGCAGUGGAGCGAGGAUUCGGGUUCUGACUCAGAAGCCCACACUGAUCCCCAUGUCCCAGAAAGACACGGUCCGCUUGCUUGAGUUUGUAUAUUUGAAGCUAGGAGCUCUUUUUCGUCCAUUUCUUACCCUGGGAUUUAAAUCCAAGUUUGCCAAAAUGCACAGAGCAGUUUGUUUGGACCUAAUCAUGACAAUGGAACCUUUUGGCACCUGGGCCCCAGGAAGGGGCUAUUAUCAUGUUACUUGCAGGCAGCCUUGGUGCCAGGAACAGUGAACAGGAUAGUAUGUUGCAAGGCUCAAGUAGCAGUUGUGUGGAUUUUAAGCUAGUUUAAGAGGACACUUAAUUUUGGUUACUAGCUGAUUAAUUUCAGAGGCAACUUGGUUCCCAAGGUUGCCAUUAGACUGUACGAUGUGACAAUCGGAAUUUGAGGCUCAGUGACAGUUGUGUGUGACUGCCUGCCUUCAGGGUCCCGGGGGCCAGCCUGAGCAACUGGGGAGUGAAAGUCCCUGCCUCUCUAUGGAGAGGUUUCUUACGCACAGUGUAGUAAAAGCUGUACAAAGGUGGGCCUGGGACAUUGUUCACCAAGGAAAAUCUCACACAUUUCACUGACAUCAUCAGCUAAGGUGAGGCGAGAGGCUGCUGGUUUGCCACUGGCCCCCGACUGGUUGCUGUACACCCAGCGCUGUGUCUGGAGGAGGCGAGGAUGUGGGCCCUGUCUUGGUAGCUUUCUCACCUUGCUGGUUGCCCUGGACUGCCAGAGGAAUGUAUGUGGUGACAGGCUCUGCCCUGUGCAGGGAGGCAGCAAAAUACAGCACUUUAGGACUGACUUUAAUAUUAAUAAUUCCUUCAGUAGGCCUGCCUCUGGACAGUGUCGUUAGAAGGCCGCAAAUUGAAUCAUUUUCCAAACUGUCUACUUUUAAGUCACUUUGAAUGGAUUGGUUUGUAAAUUCCUUUUACUGCUGACUAUUUAUAAGGUGAUGACUUUGAAGUGAUUUGUCCUUAUGUUUGCUGAAUUUUAAUAAUUUCCAUUAUCAGCAAAAAAAUUUUUUUAAUUAUGGGUUCAGAUACCAACUCUUGAUAUGUGCAUCUUUAAACACAGGUUCUCCCUUUGAAAGGGUACAUUUAAAAGAUACAUUUUAAAAUAUUAGUUACAUAUAAAUGCAUAAGUAAUUUUAUAUAAUUAUGCAAAUACAGUUAUGUGUGUUUUCAGGUUUCAUUAAGGUAUCAUGUGACAUGACUGGCAUACAUUGUUUUAAAUAAAAAACCUUGAAGACUCAGGUGAACAUUAAGCCUUUCACUGUUCCUGCUCUUUCACACCAGCUUGAUGGUGACCCCUGGCCUGGUGGACAGUCAGUGUUCGCUUGUAGGCUGUGUGGUGUUGGUUGGCUGUGUGGUGUUGAUUUCACACACACACGCACACACACACUCUGUCACCCCAGUUUAUGCAGCCUGCGUUUAGAACAAUUGGGACAAUUUUCUGUCUUUGCACAUUAGGGUGGGAAAACCAGGAAAAAUAGUCACUUUAUAAUUAAAUCUAGUUAGUAAAAAUAGAAAAGAAAUCUUCUAGGAUGACAGUCAGUGUUUUUAUAUUCAAAACUACUUAAACAUGUACGAUUUUCUGCCAGAGUUGUUUCCUGCAGCAUGCCCAUCCUGGAAAGGUACUUCUUGAGAAUCAGGGUGCAUGGAGGCCUUCUGGCGUCCUUUGGUGGCUCCAGAAGGGCCUGCGGUUUAAGGAUCACCCCCAGUGAUUGUGACUUGGUGGUCAGGGCCAGGCCUGGAGAGAUGUAUGCAGGAAUGGAGACAGCCUGCAUCCUGGGGACUGUCUGAAGCAAUCGGGCUUGUGUUCCAGACCCUGUAGGGGGGCUCCAGACAGUGGUCAGGCGUGUUGCCUUCUGUGUUGCCACGGUGUUCCUAAUGCACAUCAUCCUGAAUUUCAAAAGAAAUUACUUUUAAGAACCCAAAAAGCUGUUGCUUGUGGUGCCCAUCUUCCUGCUCACUGGCUGAUAAGCUUGGGUUGCCCUGGGAGGAGGGGGGUGUGCAGGGGCUCUUGCCACCCAGUGGUUCUGGGUGUGGGGCCCCUGAUGCCCAGCUCAGCAAGCCCGGCCUGGCCCCAUGGAGGCCUGGGCUGUGGUGCCUGGUGCUGCUGGUCUGCAGAGCACAGUCUGGGAUGUGGAGGAACUGGGCAGCCAUGGGUCCUGAGCCCUCCUGCAGAUCAGGAACCCGCCUGGGGCUGGGAGAGCCGCGCGGGACUGACUGGCCUUUCUGCUGGAUGCUCUGAGUGUGUUCUCUUUCUUUUGCAGAACCGUGGGUACUGAUGGAUGUGGCCGAGAGCCCUGACCGGGACCCUCGCUCUCCGGAGGACGAAGAAGAGCAGCAGGGGCUCUCGGACGAUGACAUCCUGAGGGAAAGCGGGUCUGAGCAGGAUCUGGACGCGGCGGGUGGGAGGGCUUCUGACUUGGAGGAUGAGGAGAGUGUGGCCCCAGGACUGAGCCAGGAGGACGAGGAGAGUCGUUCCGAUGAGGAUGACCGGGAUUCUGAGGCUCAGGAGCUGAGCAGGGGCCCAGCCAGCCCCCCACGAGCCGAGGGGGACCGUGCCAGCGACCUGAGGGACGAGGCCUCGUCGGUCACCAGGGACCUGGAUGAGCACGAGCUAGAUUACGACGAGGAGGUGCCCGAGGAGCCAGCCCCUGGCGCUCAGGAGGACGACGCUGAGAAGGCUGGGCCCGAGGAUGACGAGGAGCGUGGAGAAGGGGCUCCUGGGGAGGAGGGGAAGGCGGGGGGCCGUGCCAUGGAGGACAAGGAGCCCCCAGAGGCUGCCAAGGAGAAGAGGAAAGAGGAUGAUGACGGGGAGAUCGACGACGGGGAGAUUGAUGACGAUGACCUGGAGGAGGGUGAGGUGAAGGACCCCAGUGACAGGAAGGUGAGGCCUCGUCCCACCUGCCGAUUCUUCAUGAAAGAUGUUGUGACACCAUUGUCCACUCCUCCACCAAUAUCAAAUUCCAUACCAUUCAGAGGCCAGGUUAAAGGGAACUGCACCUGGGGCAUGAACUGCAGAUUCAUACACCCUGGAGUCAACGACAAGGGCAACUACUCCCUCAUCACCAAGGCUGAGCCCUUCCCACCCAAUGGGGCCCCGCCGCUCGGACCGCACCCCCUGAUGCCUGCCAACCCAUGGGGCGGGCCUGUAGUAGAUGAAAUUUUGCCGCCACCCCCUCCAGAACCCCCCACAGAGAGUGCCUGGGAACGAGGACUCCGGCAUGCAAAGGAGGUUUUGAAAAAAGCAACUAUUCGAAAAGAACAGGAGCCUGAUUUUGAAGAGAAAAGGUUUACAGUGACCAUUGGUGAAGAUGAGCGAGAGUUUGACAAAGAAAAUGAAGUUUUCCGAGACUGGAACUAUCGGAUCACGAGAGAUGUCAGAGACACAGCACUUGAGCCUUACGCAGACCCUUAUUACGACUAUGAGAUAGAGCGCUUCUGGCGUGGCGGGCAGUAUGAGAACUUCCGGGUGCAGUACACAGAGGCCGAGCCGUACCAUAACUACCGGGAAAGGGAGCGAGAACGGGAGCGGGAGAACAGACAGCGCGAGCGGGAGCGGGAGCGCGAGCGGGACCGGGAGCGGGAGCGGCGCCAGCGGGAGCGUGAGCGCGAGCGGGAGCGCGAAAGGGACAAGGAGCGGCAGCGGCGGAAGGAGGAGUGGGAGCGCGAGCGCGCCAAGCGGGACGAGAAGGACAGGCAGCACCGCGAUCGCGACAAGGAGCGCGAGAAGGACAAGGAGAAGCCCAAGGCCCGCUCCCCGCAGCCACCCAGCCGUCAAGCUGAGCCACCAAAGAAGGAGACGGCAUCCACAGGACCCCAGGUGAAGAGAGCCGACGAGUGGAAGGACCCCUGGCGCCGGUCCAAGUCUCCGAAGAAGAAACUCGGGGUGUCGGUCUCUCCGAGCCGUGCUAGACGGCGUCGAAAAACAUCAGCCUCGUCGGCCUCUGCCUCCAAUUCCUCCAGGUCCUCCUCACGGUCGUCAUCCUAUUCCGGCUCCGGCUCAUCCCGUUCCCGGUCUCGCUCCUCGUCCUACAGCUCCUACUCCAGCCGGUCCUCCAGGCACAGCUCGUUCUCAGGCAGCCGGUCCAGGUCCCGGUCCUUCUCGUCGUCCCCAUCGCCAUCCCCGACGCCCUCCCCACACAGACCUGCCAGAGCCAAGGGGGAGCCAGCUCCGCCUCCCACGAAAGCAGGAGAGAAGCUGCUGAAGAAGCCAGCCCCUCCUCCAGCCCUACCGCAGGCCCCCAAAACCGCCACCACUGCCCCUGAGCCCACCAAGCCUGGCGGAGACCCUCGGGAAGCCAGGAGGAGGGAGCGGCAGGCCAGGAGCCCCCCCAGGAGGCGCACAGUUAGCGGCAGUGGCAGCGGCAGCAGCUACAGUGGCUCCAGUUCCAGAUCCAGAUCACUGAGCGUGAGCAGCGUGUCCUCAGUGUCCAGCGCCACGUCGAGCAGCAGCUCAGCGCACAGCGUGGACUCGGAUGACAUGUACGCAGACCUGGCCAGCCCCGUGUCCUCGGCUAGCUCGCGGUCGCCCACCCCAGCCCAGACCAAGAAGGAGAAAGGAAAAUCUAAGAAGGAAGAUGGUGUGAAAGUGGAUAAGCGGAAACGGGACUCGUCCACACAGCCGCCCAAACCCUCAAGAACCCCUGCGGGCGGCAGGUCCUCCCAGCAGCCCACCACCCCCCAGCAGGUGCCACCAGGCCAGCCCCCAGCAGCCACGUUCAUCGCCCACAAGGAGAUCAAGUUGACGCUGCUGAACAAGGCUGCUGACAAGGGGAGCAGGAAGCGCUACGAGCCCUCAGACAAGGACAGGCAGAGCCCACCACCAGCCAAGCGCGCCAACCUCUCCCCGGACCGAGGUUCUCGGGACCGGAAGUCAGGUGGGAGAGUCAAUUCCCCAAAGCCAGAGCGGCAGAGGGGCCAGAAUUCCAAGGCCCCCUCGGCCCCAACAGACAGGAAGCGCCCGCUGUCACCCCAGUCCAAGAGCUCCAGCAAGGUCACCAGCGUGCCUGGCAAAGCCUCGGACACCAGCACCACCGCCGCCGCGGGCACCAAGUCAGGGAAGGCCAGCACGCUGUCACGGCGGGAGGAGCUGCUGAAGCAGCUCAAGGCCGUGGAGGACGCCAUCGCCCGCAAGCGGGCCAAGAUCCCCGGGAAAGUGUAGCCCGGGCUCUGCUCCCCGAGGCAGGGACUAACCUGUUUUUAUAAAUAGGGUAAGCGCAGCCAUUUUGGAUUUUGCAGUUUAUGUCUUAUUUUGGCUGUGAUUCUUUUUAAAAAUUAAAAAAGAAAAAAAAAGUUUCUCAGCUGGAAAAGAAGCCACACAUGUAAUGAAGAUGACGCUGAAUCCCAAACUGAACCAACCCCUUCCCAGAGCAGAAGUCCUGCGAGCCAGGUGGGUGGGGGCGUGGCGGCAGCGAGGACCAGCUCCGAUUUUAUGUCAGUUACGAGUCCUCCCUCCGCUCUGGCAGGCGUCCUCAGCUCCGCCCUCCUCUGUAACCAGGAACACUGAGUGCUGCCGAGCGUCUUCCCCACCCCGCCGUCCCCAGGAUCAAAAAUAUAUAUUCUUGACUGAAGUCUGAUUGGAAAAUACUCCUGUCUUAUUUUAAGCAUCAAAUUGUUUUAGUUGAUUUAAAAUGGAAAAAAAAAAAACAGAAAAGACUGAAAAAAAAAAAACAGGCCGAGGGUAUUGUUGGGCAUCUGUCAGAUGUGGAGGGUCUUUUUUUGAGGGGUCUCCUAAAAUAAAAUAUUUUGAUAAACAG